GAAAAUAUAAUUUAUUUAAAAAUUAGUGAAAUACUAAAAUAAACUAUCAAUAUUCGAUAUAAUUCAUAUAUAAUUCUGAAAGAAACGAGUCGCGCUUUCAACUUCGAACGGGGUGCGCGCUCUAAACUUGCAAAGCAAUACGUAUACGUUUACGUACGGUAUUUAUAUGGUGAUCUGAUCUGAAGCAGAAACAGACUGUUCAAAUUUUGUCGACGACGCAGUUUAUUUAAUAAUUAUUUGUUAUUGAAACUCUUCCCCCACGCAAGAAGGUUGGAAGACUUCAUUUAACACAAAUUGAAAACUGCCUCCGCUAAGUGAGCAAAGUGACCAGUUCCAGUCGUGACCAUGGCAUUACUGGGGCAAAUGUGUUAACGCCUUUCGUAUAUAUACUAAAUAUAGUAGUGUCUAAUUAGCGGAAUAUUUAAACAAAAGCCAAAUAACAAACAAAUUAAGCGAAAAGUGAAAAUAUGCGCCUGGCCCACAGUGUAGUGGCCUCCUGCUGGCUGCCGUUACUCAUCUGGAUGUCGAGGAGCGAUGCAUUGCCUCGCCCCCAAUUCGAGCAGGAGGAUAACGAGGUGUCCACCAAUUGUGGCGGUGAUAAUGGAGCACCCCUGAUAACGCCCUGCAAGGAGUCCAUCAAGCUGGAAUACAGAACAAACUACACGCUGCGUUGCGAGGCCAGCGAGCCGAUCAUUUGGUGGGCAAGUCACGAAAGUUCGCUGGUCAGUAGCUUCGAUAACACGGAGGAGGAUCCCCAGCGUCCGUAUGGCCUGCAGCUGCACCUGAUCGAGGUGACGGCGGACAAUGUGGGGGCAUACUACUGCAUCAAGGAGUCGGCGGCAGGGUCCCUCAAUAGCGGUCCGGACGAGAAGCUCGGCGAGAUGCUGGGCGAGAUGGUGAACAACGAUCUGGCCAGCACCAUUUACGUGUUUGUGAAUGAUCCGAUAAAUCUGCUGGUUCCGACGGCACCCAUUGUCCAUGCUCGCCAGUACACGGAUGUGGUGAUACCCUGCAAACCCUCGAUGCCCGAAACGGAGGUGCUGCUGACAUUCAACUCAGAUAAAUUUUCCAGCCAGACCUCUGGUCGCUAUGAUCCAAAGCGUGGCUUUACCAUCGAAAUACGAAGCAUCACCGAUGGUGGCGACUAUUAUUGUGAGCCCGAGUAUCCAGCCGCAGAGAAUGAAGAGGAGUAUACGGUCAUACCAGUCCGCUUUAUCGGUAACGGUCACAUUGAUACAUCUGGAUUGGAUAGUGCCAGUACCUCGAGUGCCACCAUCCUGCCGCCUAACAUAGAAUACGGUGUUGAAGAAUACAACGGUGUUACGACUCCGGAGGGUUCCGCAGAUAGCGAUAAUGAUAAUGAUAACGAUGAUGAUUUCCUCACUACUGUAACUAACACAACCAAUGAAGCGAAUGAUCGCUUGAAUAAGCCCAGCAUCAGCUCUACGCCGGGAAAGCAUGUCAUUGUGAAUGGGACUUUCACAUUGGUCUGUGAGCUGUCUGCCCCGCAGGGCGUGAACUAUGAAAUGAGCUGGAGCACCCCCAACAGCAAAAAGAAGUGGACACUCCACGAGGAUGCCUACCAUCUAGAUCCUCAGGGUCGCAUCUCCUACACGAAGCCGCGAUUCGACAACACCAUGAAGAACAGCACCCAUGUGGUGGGCAGUAGCAGGCUGACGGUGACACAGGCCCAGGAGUCCGAUGAGGGCACCUACAAGUGCACUGUCACGGAUAGCUUUGACCGCCUGCAGUUCACCACCUACAAGAUGAAAGUCAUGCAACCGAACACGACCUAUCUGGAUGUGCGAGAACCCGCCGGCCACUACAAUGUGAAUGAGUUUGCCAAUAGAACCAUCACGAUGACCGCCGAAUUUAGUGGAUUUCCUCAGCCGAUCUUCAAGUGGUAUCGGCCCGAUGGCAGCGAGUUCUGGGAGACGGGGCACAACUUCAACAUUGAAUCGACGGAGUCCAGCACCACGCUUCGGCUGCACAAUGUCCAGCUGAAGGACAGCGGCACCUAUGUCCUUAAGGGCAAGGUGCCCGAAAGCAAUGUCACCCGCGUCCUGAAGUACAAUGUCAGUGUGAUGUCCUCGCCAGAGCUCAGCAUGGAUGAUGUCUAUGUCGAGGCGGGAAAUGAAGCACAUUUGGACUGCCUGGUGCGUUCGUAUCCCCCGGCGGUGGUCACCUUUCUUUUCAGGCCCUGUAAGCUGGUGCCGCGAUGGCCCACGUGUAACUCACUCAAUCAGAACUUUAGUUCACCCGAUGUCCAAAAGACAUUUAAGUUCAAUGUCCAACCACGACCGGGGCUACUCUCUGUGGAACGUAUCUAUGCCGUGUCCUUUACACCCACAGAGCCGGGCAUACUCUCCUGCGCGGCCCAGAACUUGGUGGAUGGUGUGCCGCGUAUGGCCAUCACCAAAUCGCAUGUGCUGAUCGGUAACAUUGCGGAGAAGAUGACCAUAUAUGGCCUGGAUGAGAACCGGAAGAUUGCCAAGGGCGAUGAGGAGAGUUUCACUUGCGAGGCAUUGGCCUAUCAUUUCGAUGGCACUCUCACAUGGUAUCACAAUGGAGAGGAAGUGGAAGCAUCGGAGGCUCUUCUGAUACAGACCAGCCACAGUGACUACUCCUACAAGAGUACUUUGAAGUUCCCGGCAAUGGGUGAUGGCGAUCGGGGCACCUAUGAGUGCCGUGCCCAUCAUAUCCAUAAUCACACGCAGUACGAUAGUCGGGAGAUCGAUGUCUAUGUACACGAUCCAAAGGCACCCCAUUGGGUGCACACCAAUCUGAAUGCCAACUCAAAGAUGGAGAAAAAACUGGGCGAAUCUUUGGCCCUGGAGUGCCGCUCCAUGGCAGUGCCCCAGGCGAAGGUGCGCUGGUUCAAGGAUGGCAAGGAGCUGCGGGAGACGAAUCUCACCCACAUCAUUGAAGACGAGGAGAAGCUGCUGAUCACCCACCUAUAUCCCUAUGACGAUGGCAUCUACAGGUGUCUGGUGGAGAACCGGCUGGGCAGCAUUGAGAACUCCAUUACCGUGGUCAUCGCUGAUAUGCCUGGCAUUAACAAAGCCUGGAUUUGGUUUGGAGUAAUGCUCUUCCUCAUCCUCAUAAGCCUUUGCGCCUUUCUGGCGGUGCGCUACCACAAGGAGCGCAAGCGGCAUUUGGCUUUGAAGGCCGCCGGUUUGGCAAACUUCGAGGAGGGCGCCGUGGAACAUAUCAAUCCUUCUUUAUCGCUGGACGAGCAGGCGGAUCUGCUGCCCUACAAUCGGAAGUUUGAGUUCCCGCGCGACAGCUUAAAGCUGGGCAAACAACUGGGCGCUGGCGCCUUUGGUGUGGUGCUCAAGGGCGAGGCCAAAGGGAUACGUACCGAUGAACCCACCUCAACGGUGGCCGUAAAAAUGGUCAAGCGCACGGCGGACAAUGAGGUGGUGCGUGCCUUGGUCUCCGAGCUGAAGAUUAUGGUCCACUUGGGACAGCACUUGAAUGUGGUUAAUCUGCUGGGUGCUGUCACCAAGAAUAUAGCAAAGCGUGAACUUAUGGUCAUUGUGGAAUACUGUCGUUUCGGGAAUGUCCAAAACUUUUUGCUCAGGAAUCGCAAGUUUUUCAUCAAUCAGAUAAGUCCGGUUAACGAUAGGAUCGAUCCAGCCAUCAUGGUCCAACGCGUUUCCGAAACCUUUGAGCUCCAUCGCGAUGUAAAUGGUGGUGGCUUGAAGUAUGCUAAUGUCGGUUUCCCCAACCAUCCGUAUAUCAAUCACAUGAACUCCGUAAACAACAAUUAUACGCAAAAUCAUCGCAGAAAUUCGGACAAUGAUCCACGUUCGGGCACACGUGCGGGUAGACCCGGUUCCGCUGGUUACAGCUACGAUCGUCAGACGGACACCUGUGCCACAGAAGCCACUGUGAUGACAACAGUGCCAGAGGAUGAACAUGUGAUGUCUAACAACUCGAUACAGCCCGCUUGGCGUUCCAAUUACAAGACAGAUUCUACGGAGGCCAUGACCGUGACCACAACUGAUCUCGUUAGCUGGGCCUUCCAGGUGGCUCGUGGCAUGGACUAUCUGUCCUCCAAGAAGGUCCUGCAUGGUGAUAUAGCCGCACGAAACAUACUCCUGUGCGAGGACAAUGUGGUCAAGAUCUGUGACUUUGGUCUAGCGCGUUCCAUGUAUCGUGGCGAAAACUACAAGAAAUCAGAGAGCGGAAAGCUACCCAUCAAGUGGUUAGCGCUGGAAUCUCUCAGUGAUCAUGUAUUCAGUACUUAUAGUGACGUUUGGUCCUUUGGCAUUGUGCUGUGGGAGCUGUUUUCGCUGGCCAAGGUGCCAUAUCCCGGCAUUGAUCCCAAUCAGGAGCUGUUCAACAAACUCAACGAUGGCUAUCGCAUGGAGAAGCCACCCUAUGCCAACCAAGAGAUCUAUGAGAUAAUGCUCGAGUGCUGGAGGAAGAAUCCGGAGAGCAGACCCUUGUUUGCUGAGCUGGAGAAGCGCUUUGCCACCAUGCUGGGCGAGGAUGUGACCAAUCACUACCUGGACCUGAACAAUCCCUACAUGCAAACGAACAUGGAGUACAUGAAGAACCAGUCCACAGACUACCUGGCCCUGAUGGGAUCCCCCGAUGAACUGGCGCCGGCAGCACCGCGUUACGUGAAUGGCCAUAUAGUGCCCGAUAUACGAAUCGAAGAGCUGCCCGAUGACUAUCAGGCCAUGAGCCCCCCCGAUACCAGCACCGCCAUCUAUUCACCCACGCGCCUCGAUGGCGACGAUAUGGCACCAACGGCCAAUUUCACAGAGUUCGCGGACUUCUCACCCCUACAAACAACCGACACCUCUUUCACCUUCCCAGAUGCAACGCCGCCCCAACCCCAACGCCUUGUAGGACAGCAUUCACCGACGCUUAGCAACAAUAUGAACAGCAGUGUCCACAAGCCGCUGCGCAAGAAGAACGGCCUGCCCACGGUGGAUACCGCCGAUCAGGCACCCGAGGAGAUACCCAUGCUGCAUCGCACGUCCACAUCGGAUACGGAACAGAGUCCGGAACAGGGGCGACGCUUCAACCAGGCGCUAAAGCAGCAAUAUGUCACGCCCAAGCCAUCGCCGCGCCAUCAUGUGGAAACGAAACUGAAUGGCGAGUCCGAGGACUAUGUGAAUGUGAAGCCGCCGCGUAAAAAUCUUGUCAAUAAGCCCACGACUACUGGUGGCACCAGCAACACAGAAGCCUUCUCCAAUCCCAGCUAUCAACCGCUUUCGGGAGUCAAUGAGAAGGUGGAGCGACGGUAUUAGACGUGUAGAUGCCUGGAAGCAGCCAGCUAGCUUAAGUUAGACAACAAUACUACUUAGUGGCAUUCUGAUAUAGCUUUAAGACGAAACUCACUCCAUGUUAUAUAUAUACUUUAUUAAUGCCAUUUCAUGUAUAAUUUUAGUUAAUAGUUUUAAGUCGAAUUAUCGUGUAUGUUAUAUGUCUCCAAAUGUGUACCUACGAUUACUCAAAUAGAAUGGGUAUAAAAUGAACAGAUCGAUAUAUCACUGGACCCCACCAUCACAGA